UAGGCCUGGGAGAGUUGAGAGAGGGAAGAGAGUUUGAGGGAAAAAAAAAAAAAAGAAAAAAGAAGAAAAAAGGAAAAAAGCCAUAAUAAUGUAUUCGAGCCCGACACACAGUAACGGCUACCACCACCACCACGACGACCAACACCAGCUGCAACAGCAGCAGCAACUGGGAGAGAGGCGACUCGGAAUGAGUCAGAGGGAACGAGUUCGCAGAGGAAGUCGUUCGAGGUCACGUGACUUGAGAGACGGCCAUGGACACGGUGCUAGUGGUGCUGGGUUUAGGGUUUCUGACCAUAAUACUAACACUAAGCUUCAGCAACAACAGCAGCACUCUCAGAGACCACCUACGGACUUCGACAUGGCCUAUUUCCACUCCUAUGCUCAUGUUGGAAUCCAUGAAGAGAUGAUCAAGGAUCGUGUACGUACUGAUACUUAUAGGGCAGCAAUCAUGCAGCACCAAAAUUCCAUAGCAGGCAAAGUUGUAGUGGAUGUUGGAUGCGGCACAGGCAUUCUUUCCAUAUUUUGUGCUCAGGCUGGCGCUAAACGAGUGUAUGCAGUUGAUGCAAGUGAUAUUGCAGUGCAGGCAAAUGAAGUUGUUAAAGCAAAUAACUUAUCUGAUACGGUCAUUGUACUUCAUGGGCGAGUUGAGGAUGUUGAAAUUGAUGAGGAGGUUGAUGUUAUAAUUUCCGAGUGGAUGGGCUACAUGCUUUUGUAUGAGAGCAUGCUGGGAAGUGUCAUUACUGCCAGAGAUAGAUGGCUCAAACCUGGAGGUCUUAUACUUCCUUCAAAUGCAACGUUAUACAUGGCACCUGUCACACACACUGACAGAUACAGUGAAAGCAUUGAUUUCUGGCGCAAUGUCUAUGGAAUUGAUAUGUCUGCGAUGUUACCAUUGGCAAAACAAUGCGCAUUUGAAGAGCCAAGUGUGGAGACAAUAACGGGUGAGAAUGUUUUGACAUGGCCACAUGUGGUAAAACACGUGGACUGCUAUUCAAUAUCAAUUCAUGAACUAGAAUCUGUUACUACAAGAUAUAAAUUCAAAUCAAUGAUGCGAGCUCCGCUACAUGGGUUUGCAUUUUGGUUUGAUGUUGAAUUCAGUGGAGCUGCUGAAUCUCCUACCAAUAAUCAUGAACCAUCCUUGCUUGUUGACAACAAUAUAAUGGAUGGUAAUCAGAGGAAGAAACGUUCAAAUCCAAACGAGGCAUUGGUGCUUUCUACUGCACCUGAGGAUCCUCCAACACAUUGGCAACAGACAUUGAUUUACUUUUAUGACCCAAUAGAAGUGGAGCAAGAUCAGCUCAUUGAAGGUUCCAUAACACUAUCGCAAAGCAAAGAAAACGCACGGUUCAUGAACAUUCACCUUGAAUACUCUUCUGGGGGCCGUUCCUUUGUAAAAGAAUCAGUAAUGCGAUGAUUUGAUUCAAUGGAAAGCGUCUGUAUGACUGUAUCUCGUAUUGUUGUUCAAACUAUGGCUCUUUUGCUCCCCAUUGCAUUUGAUUGACGUUGCUUAUUACAAAGACUUUCUCGAACAUUGCAAACUUGUGAGUUUCACUAAUUUUACCUUACAAGCCUCGUGUAGAUGAAAAUAUUUUUAAAUUGAGAUAUAGGUGAACUGAUUUAGGAAAUUUUUGACAUUUAUGUCUUAAAAAAUGCGGAUUUUAGUAUAUGCCUUCAAAUAUUUGUAAGAUACGCAAAGUGAGUCAUUGACUCGUGUAACUGUUUUAAUUCUGUUCAUUGUUCAUUGUGAUGGAAAAUUCUAGAGUAGAA